AUGAAGUUAGAUUUUCUAAUUUUGUUAUUUUUUACACAAAUUUUUAUAUAUCGAAGGAUAUUUGGUAUCCCAUUAUAUAUUAAUAAUAAAUUUGAAAAAGAUGUUAAUACAAAUAAGGAUGAAAUAUUUCCUAAAGUUCCACCCUACUGUAAUGAAGUUCCUGUUCUAUAUGCUCAUGCUACACAAUUAACAACUAAUUCAUCAACAAAAUUUAUAAAAAUUCAAGCACCACUAUCAUUACAUCGUACUGUUUGUUUUACAAUAGAUGAUAGUUCUAAUGGAUCACUAGCAUUUGAUCGUGAUAAUAUAGGAGAUAUUCUUCCAUUACAUUCACUUACCUUUAUUCGCCUUGAACAUGAAUAUCCAAUAACACAAAGAUACAAAUUUGCCUUACCAGAAGUUGAUACUAAUUGUAUUUGUGAAUGUAAUCUUAAUAGUCAUGUUUGUAAUCCUCAAACACAUUCACUUUUUAAUAAAUGUGAUGGAACAGAAAAUGAUACAAUUGAUACAUCUUGUUAUAAUACAUUUUCAUCUAUUCGCCUAAAAAAUGGUUGUUCCAGUGAGGCACAAUUUUCAAAUGUAUGUUGUAAAGUUAGAUUUAAUCCAUAUCUUGGUAUGUCAUUUACUGCUGUUAAAUUAAAUAAACCAAAUAUUUAUGCUUUAUUUAAAUAUAUUGUUUAUAAGACAAAUGAUAGAAAUGAAUGGAAUAUGGUUGAAGAUAAAGUUGUUAAAGUUAGUGUUAAUGGUGAUUUACAAAGUAAAUUUAUUGAUAAUGGUAGAACAAUUCGUUUACAAUUAGGUCCUAUUGGUAAUAUGAUUAAUACUCUUGAUUCUGGAAUGUAUUUUGUUAAAAAUAAUCCAAAUGGUUCUCCAAUGGGACAAGAUUUAAGACAUCAACCAGUUAAUGAUAUAGAUUCAUCAUCAAUGGAAAAAUUAGGAUGGUAUAGAGAAAGUUCUUUUAAUAAAGGAUUUUAUGAAGUUUAUAAAGGAGAUAUUAAUUUACGGGCAAGGCAUUUAGUUGAUAUAAUAAAUUGUCAUGAUCAAAAAUAUCAAAGUAAAUUAGAGGCAAAUUAUUAUAUAAAUAAAAAUACUGGUGAUCAUAGUAAAUUUUUUAUAGCAGAUCCUUUACAUACAAUAUAUUCAUGGAUUGAUGGUGCUGUAUUAUAUGAUAGAUUUGCUUUUAUAAAUCAAAAAGAAUCAGCAAAUGUUGUGGCACAUUUAUCAUUUUAUAUUAAAAAUAUUUCUAAUCCAGAUCAUCGUCGUGUAACUUUUCAUCAAGGAGCAAGUUAUAUUAAAAAUUUUACCGGUGAAAUUAUAACAGAUGAAAUGUCAAAUCAUUAUUUUAAUGUUACUGUAUAUGAAGCAUAUGGAUUAUUAAAUGGUGUUGUUAAAAAUGGUAUUUCAGAGGAAGAUGAAGAUGAGGCUAGUUUUAAUAUAUUAGUUAAUGAAAUUGGUUUACCACAUAAACAAUUUCAUAUACAAUUAAGUCAUAAUACAGAUUUAAAAAUAGAAGAAAAAAUGAUAUGUAUAUCAAAUGAAGAUUCUUUAAAUAGUACAAAAAUUUGUAAAAUAAUAAAAUUACAUGUUGAGGAGUUAAAAGAAACAGUAGAAAGUAAAAAAUGGGUUACAGGUAAAGGAUAUUGUGAUGAAUGUAAUAAAAAACAAGUUGAAAGUUUUAUAAAAUUUUUAAAUCCAUCAGCAUGGUUUAAAGAUGUUAAUACAAUUGAAGAUGCUGCCAAAGCUUGUAUGUCUGUUGUUUUUUAUUUUGCUAUAUUUAUUAUUGUUAUUAUUUUAAUCAAAAGUUGUCUUAUACCAUUAUUACAAUGUAUCAUAUGUCCUGGAUAUUUUUUUAUGGUGAAAAAACGUUAA